GCAAGAAAGCCGUUAGUAAACGCCGUUCCGUUCCGUCACCCCAACGUGGCCCCCACAAAAGCAACCCCACCACCCCCCUGAACGAAGCAACGCAACGCGCAGCAUUUUGGCCAAAACGCGCCUCGCCUCGCCUCGCCGCGCCCGCGCAUUCCCGCAAACACCUCGCCGGCGGAGCGCUCGCGCCUCCGGGAUGGACGACUCCGACACCCCUUCCGGCGGCUCCGGCCAGAACCCACCCAACGCCCCGCCGGGAUCCAGGAAGCGCAAGCGCGAGGACGAUGAUGAGUCCCCGUCUACUACUAACCCGAGGCGGAGCAGGCGCCUCGCUGGUGAGGCUCCGGAUAUCCCCGACCCCGAGGGAGCAGGGCCGUCGUCGCGGUCGCCGAAGGGAGCCACGAGGCAGAGCAAGAGCCUCGGUAAGAGCACCGUGGGGGCAGGGAGACCACCGGGGCCGCCGAGAGCCUCGAGGGGGAGAAAGCGCGGCGCUGCCGCGGGGUCUCGGGCUACCAGCGAGGGACAAGAGUCGUCGUCGGCUACAAUUGCGAUUGCGAGGAGGAGCCCGAAGCCGGUGACGACCUUGGCCGUGUCGGCGUGGAUGCAGAGCGCGGCCGCGGGGAAGCUGUGGAGCAGGACCUCAAGAAAAAACAGAAUGAGCGGCCACGCGGACACGAGGAUGAAGGCGGCGAUCCUGCCCGUGCGCGGGGAGCGCUCCGUCCUCGCGCCGGAUGACCCCGCCUCGCCGUGCAUGGAGCUUGAGUUGGACCCGCCGGACGUGGCUAGUCCCAAGGCGGCGCAGGUGGACCCGCCGGACGUGGCUAGUCCCAAGGCAGCGCAGGUGGACCCGCCGGACGUGGCUAGUCCGGCGCAGGUGGACCCGCUGGUGAUGGACCCGCCGGACGUGGCUAGUCCCGAGGCGGCGCAGGAGGCAAACUUGCCUACAGGAGACACUAUAGAAGAGGACAGCGAUGAAGACCAUGCUUAAAGAAGAUGAAGAGCUCGGGAUCUUCCAGAAGGUCCAGGAAGCAGAAGUCUGAAGUAUCAAAAGAAUUUGGCUGGUGUGUCAUUUUUUGUAACAGAUGAAGUAGAAAAUUCUGACAUGAGUUUGAUGUCUAGUUCGAUGGUUCUUUUCUUUUCAGUAGUAGUGGGCUAUUGCUUACAUAUCUGACUAGAUGCUGUCACGGUUCUCCAAUGAUCCUGGAAGCACUUAGGAAAAAUACUAGCUGAGAUGAAUUAGUCUACUGAAGUAAAUGCACGAGACCUUGUGUAGUUGUGUGUGUUCACGAUUUUGCUUCGCUUCUGAUAGAAAAGGACAUGAUACGAAAGAGAAUGAAAGGUGUGGAAAUUUGAUACAGUACUGGCCAGAUGUAUUGGUCAUCAUCUAGGAAUUGUUUUGACAGGCCACAUAUAUCUUACAUUCAAAUAUUUCUGAAUCAUCAAAGUACUGUCCUCUUCUAGGGAAUUUUCCAUUUGGUUAUAUUUCAUUCAAAUAUUUCUGA